CCCAGCAGCCCCCAGCAGGAGGCCGAGCGGGACGUGUUCCUGUUCCGAUCCUACAUCGCCCAGAGGAAGUUUGGGGUGGUUCUGGACGAGCUGCAGGGCAGCCCCAGCCCCGAGCUGCAGUCUGUCAGGAUGUUCGCUCAGUUCCUGGCCAGCGACAGCCAGAGCCAGAGCCUGGCCAUGAUGAUCCAGAUCCUGCUGAAGCUCGACAGGCUCGACCUGGCCAGGAAGGAGCUGAAGAAGAUGCAGGAGCAGGAUGAGGAUGCCACCCUGACCCAGCUGGCCACGGCCUGGGUCAACCUGGCCCUGGUGGGUACCCAGGGGGAGCCAGAUGGACCCAAAAUAUCCUUGUCCCUCCAGGUCACCAAUCGUUACCUGUCCCAGCUGAAGGAUGCUCACAAAAACCAUCCCUUCAUCCAGGAGUACCAGGCCAAGGAGAACGACUUUGACCGCCUGGCGCUGCAGUAUGCGCCCAGUGCCUGAGCCUGGCACCCAAAAAAUCACUUUUGGACCCAAAAAAUCCCUUUUGGAACCCAGAAAUAACCCUGGAACACAAAAAAAAAAAAGAUUCCAGCAUCUCCAGGAUCCUUCCCAAAUUCUGCAUCAUCUCCAGCCCUUCUGCCAAUUCCUUUUGGGAUGAAAACCCCUGGCGAGAGGGAAAAACCCCAAAAUAAUAAAAAGAAUAAAAAUAAAAAUAAAUAAAAAUAAUUUUCCUGUAA